CACGCAACGAGCGGCCCGGGAGCUGGCGCAGGGUUGGCAGAGUCGCGGAGCGUGGCCUCCCGGAGCGGGCAUCGUGAUACAUGGGGCUCCAGGGACUUGGGGGAGAAAUACAUGUAUUUUAGGCUGUGUCUCGGAGGAAGAGACAGCAACCCUGAAAAGUGACUAUAAUUGACCAGGAAGAGGCCGCAGAUUCUUGAGUUAAAGGCUUAGAAUAUGCUGAAAAGCCGGCGCUAUCCCUGGGGAAUCUAGGGGUCAGCCAGUGCCAGGGAGAGCGACCUGGAGCACGGAACCCAGAAGACAGAUGGAAAGCAAGAGGGUCCUUUUCCCGGCAUGGCUUGGGUUGCUACAGGGAAACUCCUGAUAGAACAUCUCUGUCCUCUAGUCUGGGCAGUAAUUGGGGCUGGGCAAGGGGCUGCUGCCUGGUGAGUGACCAGGGGAAGUUUGGCUAAGCCUGCUCAAGAACACAAGCGCCAAGUCACCCAGAGGUGCUUUCUGUCUGGAAGAUGGCUCUGAACACUUCUACCAUGGAUGGAGCCGGGCUGGCCGUGGAGAGGGAUUUCUCCUUUCGCAUCCUUACGGCCUGUUUCCUGUCUCUGCUCAUCCUGUCCACUCUCCUGGGGAAUACCCUGGUCUGUGCGGCUGUCAUCAGGUUUCGACACCUGCGGUCCAAGGUGACCAACUUCUUUGUCAUCUCUCUAGCUGUGUCCGAUCUCUUGGUGGCUGUCUUGGUCAUGCCCUGGAAAGCCGUGGCUGAAAUUGCUGGCUUUUGGCCCUUUGGGUCCUUCUGCAACAUUUGGGUAGCCUUUGACAUCAUGUGCUCCACCGCGUCCAUCCUUAACCUCUGUGUGAUCAGCGUGGACAGGUACUGGGCCAUUUCCAGCCCUUUCCAGUAUGAGAGGAAGAUGACCCCCAAGGCAGCCUUCAUCCUGAUCAGCGUAGCCUGGACCCUGUCUGUGCUCAUCUCCUUCAUCCCAGUGCAGUUAAGCUGGCACAAGGCAAAGCCCACGUGGCCCUUGGAUGACAAUGCCACUUUCCCGGAAGACACCGAGGACGCCAACUGUGAUACCAGGUUGAGCAGGACGUAUGCCAUUUCAUCCUCCCUCAUAAGCUUUUACAUCCCCGUGGCCAUUAUGAUCGUCACCUACACCAGUAUCUACAGGAUUGCCCAGAAACAAAUCCGGCGCAUCUCAGCCUUGGAGAGGGCGGCGGUCCAUGCCAAGAAUUGCCAGACCACCACGGGUAAUGGAAACCCCGUGGAAUGUUCUCAAUCAGAAAGUUCCUUUAAGAUGUCCUUCAAGAGAGAGACUAAAGUGCUGAAGACCCUGUCGGUGAUCAUGGGGGUGUUCGUGUGCUGCUGGCUCCCCUUCUUCAUCUCGAACUGCAUGGUCCCCUUCUGUGGCUCUGAGGAGACUCAGCCAUUUUGCAUUGAUUCCAUCACCUUUGAUGUGUUUGUGUGGUUUGGAUGGGCAAAUUCUUCCUUGAACCCCAUUAUUUAUGCCUUUAAUGCUGAUUUCCAAAAGGCAUUCUCAACCCUCUUAGGAUGCUAUAGACUCUGUCCUACAACAAAUAAUGCCAUAGAGACAGUUAGCAUCAACAACAAUGGGGCUGUGAUGUUUUCCAGCCACCACGAGCCUCGAGGCUCCAUCUCCAAGGACUGCAAUCUGGUUUACCUGAUCCCUCAUGCCGUGGGUUCCUCCGAGGAUCUGAAAAAGGAGGAUGCAGGCGGAAUAACUAAACCGCUGGAGAAACUGUCCCCAGCCUUAUCGGUCAUAUUGGAUUAUGACACCGAUGUCUCUCUAGAGAAGAUCCAACCUGUCACACACAGUGGACAGCACCCGACCUGAAUUUUGGGUCCUCAUCUCUGAAGCUAGGAUUUCCCUCGAGCUUGCUCUUAAGAAGUUACGGUCCAGUGGGACUGUGAGCCACCACGACAUCCCUCUGCUGCUUCUGAACAAUUGCAAAGCUUCCCAAAUGCAUCACUUCCAGUGUGUUUUCUAGGGACACGCCAAGAGUCAUAGGGGAAGUGACUUUGGCUCUGAAAUCAUUUUUGAAACUUAUUGUCUUUAGGAUGUUACAAAAAAAAAGAUAGAGUCAAGAGUGAGCAGUAAACAGCUUCACUUAGAAAUCAAAACUUUCCUAGGAAGGAAGUGAGAGAGUUGAGUUUGCUGUGUCCAAACAGGUGCUAACGCUGUCCGAACAGUUUUCAGAUUGUAAAGGUAGGUGCAUGCCUUCGUUAAUGAUUUCUACAAUACUAAUCGAGCCUUACAGCAAGAGUGGAGUUUCUCUUUUUCAGGAUUGACAGAUGUUCUGUUGGUAAUGGUUUUAUUAUUUAUUUAUUAUUUAUUUAUUGCAUUAUAUGGGUAUUUUAAAUUUAUCAUAGUGAAUCUAUAUUUAUCAUAUUUAAUAGAACAAACCAGUGUGUUCCGAGACUGAACAGUCCAUUGUACUAGCACUUUAUGAGCCCGUGAAACAAAGACACAGACUCCGAGAUUCUGAGUCGUGAAUUGCUUCUAGAAACACAGCAAAGACUGAUGUGGUGGCUGCUUAACUCAACACGGACAUGAAUACAUACAAGAUGAGACGUGACUAAUGCCACCUAUGCUUUCUACCCUAAAAAUAUUUUGAAAAGAUUUUUUUUUUAAAAGAAACUUCUAUUGUGUACUGAGUGUCUUAAAAGGCAGAGGCUUUCCCGGGGUGAAUUUGCACUUCUGUAAAUAUCUCUGUAAAAGCCAGCUCAAGAAGAACACACCUUUCCAUUUCUGUUUUUGGAUGGUGAGGAAGAGCCUAUGCCACUUUGUAUUUAUGUAAAAUAAUUGGCCCUCCCUGUCGUUUCUCAUUUCAUGCUUGAAAUAGCUUUCUGAAACAAACAAAUGGCUGUCCAGGAUUAAGAUCUGCAGCGGGCAUGAGCUGUAAAUUCAUGGGUCACAGCCGCCCCUCCACUGAGAAGCGUUCCUCACUGGUUCUUCGGCUGCUCGUGUCUAACCAAGCCGGCGGCUCAAGGGGCUACUUUUGUAGAGCUUUAAUCUGAAUUUAGUAUCCCCUUUUCAAAAAAGCUCUUCAACUUUGGUUGAAAAAUAGCUAAUGAAUGGUGCCCCAUCAUCACGUAAGAUGCUUCUGCUGGUGGGAGGACCAGAAGGGGCCUUUCCCCUGUGUCUUGAGCACCCCAGAGCCAUCAGCAUCCCUAGUCACAGACGCUAUUUUUUUCCCUCUGUGCAUUUGAAUCUAGUUUCCAUGUCACAGCCUGGACUGCAAAAAGUACCAUCAAGUCCCCUCAUGUGGGGAUGCGAAUUCAUGUGGGGCAUGCAACAGUUUCCCUUUUGAAAUGUUUACAAGGUGUUCUAGCUAAGCAGUUGGUUCCAAGUGGAAGGAACUGAUGAGAAGCUAAGAGCUUGCUGUCAGCUGCUCCUGCCUAGGGUCUGUGUCAUUCUCUAUUUCGAAUGUUUUCUCAGCUCUGCUGCUUGUAUGCUUUCUUACAAUAAAAAAUAUUUUGUGAAUUCAAAUCGA